AUGCUCCACAUCCGGAACGCCUUGACCGGGAGUGAGCUCCUGACCCUGACCACGAAGGAGCUGGAAGGGCUUGAGGACGUGAGUGCCUUGAAGGAGCUUUUAAGAUCGAGGCAUGGCUUUCCCGUCUGCUUUCAGCAGCUCAAGCACGAGGGCAAUGCUUUGGACAACGACACCAGGCUGAAGGCACCCACUGAGCUGGAGUUGCUGAUGGUCCCCGCGAGUCCGGUGGACGCUGCCCAGGAGCUUGCUUCCUACGCGGCUGCGGAAGGUGAUGUGAAGGUGGCCGGCCGGCUGCUGGAAACGGGUGUGCUGGCUGAAGAUGUGCUUGACGCUCUGGAGGAGGCCGCGAGACUUGGUCAUGUCGAGUUCGCGCGCUUCCUGGCGAAAGCUGCAGUUUUCAGGGAUCCGCCCCAAUAUAUUGUCGAUGGCGCUCUGAGCAACGCAUGUCGCGAAGGUCAGAUCGACAUGGUGCGCUUUCUGCUGGAGUUCGCUGGUGAUGAAAAUGGCCCUAGAGACAGCGGUUUGUACCUGGAACACAUCUGGGGAGGUCUGAAUGCCGCGUGCGGGCAUGGCCACUUCGACAUCGUGCGCUUGCUCUUGGAGCGCAAGGACGCGGAGACGCCGUCAUGGGCUACCGAAUCCUGGGCUGCUGUUGGUGCACUUGAGGGGGCAUGUGCCGGUGGUCACAUCGACGUCGUGCGACUGAUGUUGCAAGCCGGUGCAUGUGUUAGCCGACAAGCCUGGGCUGCUGCCAUGGGCUCUGGUGACCCAGAGCUGACAAGCAUGGUGAACCAGCGAUUUGCAGAUCCCCAGAAUACAAAAGGUCUGUUAUCUCUGGCGGCAAGGAGAUUUUCCGGCCGCGGCUGGGACGUGCAGCUGGCACCUGCAGCUGCCGCGGAGGUAGUCCUCCAGAAAGCUGGUCUGAAGUAG